UAUAAGGUUUUUUUUAUUACAAACUCACAAUUAACAAUAAAAAUUAAUACGCCGAUAUUAUUGACACGUUUUUUAUAACUGUAACGUAGAAUAAGAAGCAUCUUUUUGUUUGCAACGCGUUAAGUUAGUGAGCCAAAAGUGAAAGCCAGUCCCAGAAAAUUACAAGAGCGAGAGAGAGAGAGAAGUGAAAAAAAGAGUCUGGGCGAGAGAAAAACGAUUUUUUCAGAGAAAAAAAAACUAAGAAAGAAUUUGCACAUCUAAAACGCAUCAACGCCGAAUCAAAGGAGCCAAAAUCAAGACAGCGUGCUUUCACAUACCGUCAAAAUUAUCAGCUAUCAGAACAAUACCUUACACACCUUACUAGCUGCCACCACGCUCCACAAACAGCCAGCAGUUGUACCACCACCCAUAAUGUUCGUCAACUCAAUGACGUUCCGUGGCAACCCGGCCAACUACCACCAGCAGCAGCCCGCGCUGAACCAUCAUACGCUGGCCGCAGCAGCGGCGCAUCAUCAACAGCAGCUGCAUCAUCAUGCCGCUGCCGGGCACUUGAGCCAUGGCGUUGGCGGUGGUCAUGCGGCCAGCAAUCAUCUAGCCGCAGCAGCCGUGCUUGGUCGCCAUGGCCACAGCUCCUUGAACAGCGGGCACACCUCCAGCUCGUCGCACUCUACGGGUGCACUGGCCAGCGGAAGCAGCGGCAGCAGUAAUAGCUCUCCAGAUAGUGGCAAGAUUUACAUCAAAAACCUAGAGCGAUCUAUUGACAACAAGGCGGUAUACGACACUUUUUCCGUGUUUGGGAACAUUCUUAACUGCAAUGUGGCCAAGGAUGAAGAUGGAAACUCGCGCGGUUACGGGUUUGUGCACUUCGAUUCGGAGGACGCUGCUCGUGCGGCUAUAGAAAAGGUCAAUGGAAUGCUGUGCAACAACCAGAAGGUUCAUGUCGUAAAAUUCAUACCACGUCGGGACCGAGAACAAGAGAAGGCAACUCAUUUUAAAAAUCUGUAUGUGAAGAAUCUCAGCGAGGAGUUCACCGAGCAGCACUUGCGGGAAAUGUUUGAGCCCUAUGGACGUAUUACAAGUCACAAGCUAAUGCUUGAUGAGGAGGGACGCUCGCGGCGCUUUGGAUUUGUGGCUUUUGAGAACCCACAAUCGGCGCUGGCCGCCGUAAUUGGGCUGCAUGGCAAGCAGCUCGGCGACAACAAGUUCUUGUAUGUAGCACGGGCCUUGAGCAAGGCUGAACGUCAGCAGGAAAUUAAUCGCAAGUUGGAGGAGCGCAAGCGUCAGAAGGCGGGACAAAUAUUCUUCUAUUAAAUUGGCAAACGUUGGUAGUUUAUACUUUGAGAGAACUCUAUCGUAAUUCAAACGGUACACAAUAUUUAUUUAAAAACGAAAACAAACAAAAAAAAAAAACAUAUAUACACAUAUUUAACAGAAGUUAUGACAGAAAAUUGUGCAAGACGAAGCGGAACAUAUAAAACAGAGAGAACCGCAAUUAGCAGACAAUUAGGCAUUGACACAUUGACAUUUAGACAUAGGCAUAAAGGUUGCAACACAGUUGAUAGACGUAGACCUUAAACAAAAAUUCAAAUUAUAUACACACAGACACACCACAACAUAAAUAUUAUACUUCUAGAAUUUAGAAAGUAACACACACAAACUCUCUCUUAACAUUCAUUAGAACAUAUAUUGUAUUUUUUGAUUAGAUGUUUGUCUUUACUGUUGAAUUUAGUGGCAGCUUCUAGCUUAAAGAACAAAUUACUUAUACACACACUUCGUAUAUUUAUACACCUACAACACAAGACAACGGCAGAUCAGAAAGGAUCAGCAUCAGGCAUCUAGAAUGUGGUGAGAGUAUCGUCUAUACUACUUAGGAGCUGAUAUGGGAAGUCAAAUGAAAAAUUAUAUAUUAAACACAUUUGGUGUGAAACUCUAUUAACAUUUAACGCACCCUCUUUGCAUAUAUUUAUAUAAAUAUAUAUACAUAUAAAGGAAAAGCAUUACACAUUUAACGCGGUAGUUUAAAAAGCGUUUAUAAUACUCACAUACACACUAACUCUUAAAUAAAUAAAUAAAACAAAAAAAAUAAGUGCAAAUUAUGCAAAAUUCAUACAUAUAUAUUUAAACGACCCGAAACUAACAACACUAACAAGAAAGAACAAAAACAAAAGAAUACACAAUAAAAGGGGAAAUCCCACGCGUGCAAAUACAUGAGUAUUAAAGUUUUAGCAAUUACAAUAAUUUGUGUAAUUAAUUAUAAAUUGUUUUGAAGCAGCAAAAAAAAAAAACAAAAAACUAUACAACAACCACACACUAUGCAUAUAUAAUUACAAAAUAUGUGUAGGCAAUGCAAUAUAAUGUUGAAACACUUAAAAACAAAUACACUGGACAAUGCAACAAAUGCGUGUAAACAAGCUCAGCACUUGAAUAAAAAGUAACAGGAAAAGAAAAUUAAUAAUUUAAGAUUAUUGAGCUUAAUUUUUAAACAGAAAAUAACAAAAAAAAAUUAAUAGAAAACACAAGUGAAAUUUGUAAAAUUAGAUAUUUGCGCAUAGACAUACACAAUGUAUAGAAAACAAACGAAAGAAAAAAAAAAAAACAAACUAAACAAAAAACAAAAGAAUAGUAAUUGAAAUAGUAAGAAUGAAAGCGAGUUUUAGAAAACAAUAUUUAUUAUAUUUGUUCGACACGAUUUUUAUUAUUUAAAUAAGUAUUUGCGCAAUCUUAUACACAAAAAAAAGAACAACAAAAACUCCACCCCGGAUUGAUCUAUAUCCAUAUAAAGGAGCCGAGGUAUUAUUUUAUAUUAAAACAAAUACACACACAUGUAUGCAAUAUGAAUUUACAUAAUUAUGUAAAGAGAUCGAAAUAUUUAUGCAAAUGUACAAACAAUUUUCGUUUGCAAAGCAAA